UAGAUUUGGGUAAAUCGUGCUACCGAUAUUAUAAUCGACCUGACUUUAAAUUACAAUUUCUUUGAAGCAGUACAAAUUUAACAGCUCAUAUAGAAGAUAAUAUAAUUAGGACUAAGACUGUAUGUUUUUGCAUCGUGCUAAAAGUUAGACAACUCCGUAAUUCACUAAUUGUAUGAUUUAUUGAACAUUGCGUCCCAGAAGGGUCAGCUGUUUAUCUAGUAAUGGCAACAAGUUUAUCAUGAACUGCAAUCUGUGAACAAAACAACAAACUUACAGUAACACUUAUGUGGGUUAAUGAAUUUUUUAUCUCUAGUAAGAUAAGAGAAUUUCUACAAUGUAAACAAAUACAAUACACAAACAAAAAAGUAGAUUGUGUCGAGUAGUUGUUUUUUUCAUACGCUGAUGUUGUUUUGAAAGGACAUGAAGAAGGAUAGCGUAAACAAGUUCACGGAUUGAGAAAUUAUGAAUAAACAUGUUGAAUAUUUGAUAAACACAGACCCAUUGGAUACAAGUAUUCGUGACCAAUCAGUUACUAAUGCAUCUUAUGUACCAAGUGAUUAUUCUGAUGACAGAAGUUACCAGCUUACAGAGAGUAUCGACAAACAGACCGUCUGUACUGAGGUAUUACCAUGGGCACAACAGAAUUCUCAAGAAGAAGAACUUCAUCAUGCCAGUGAUAUGUUAAGUCAUUCUUUGUCUGCUAGCACCGUAAAAGUUGAGAUAUCUGAUUUAGGUGGAGAAGAAAGUUUAAACCUAACGCAAAGUUCUCUUCGGAAAUGUAAACUUCAAGUUCUCCGACCAUAUUGGCGAUUACUAAUGUUUAUUGGAUGGAGAGGAUUUGGUACAGAGACAGUGAAUUCUGGUAGUUUGUUUUGGAGAACGCUGAAUCUAAUUUAUCCUUCUUUAAUUGUGCUUUUACUUAUCUACACAUAUAUAUAUGAAAUGGUGGCCUGUCAGUGGAAACUUAAUGUCCAGAAAGAUACCAGAAUUUUACCGCCAUUAAGUCCGACGAUACCUCCAACAACAAUGAAUAGUACCAAUAUAACUACCUUGUCAUUUCCUAUAUUUACACUGAGACCAGCGUCUUUGGUUCCAAUAAAUUUGACGUCGGGAGAAGCUUGUGAACACAUCAUAACAACUUAUAUAAUACCAAAUGUUUUACACUUUCUAGCCUUUAUUUUGGGAAUAUAUUAUUUUAGAAUACAGGAAAAUGAACAGCUUUAUGCAUUAAUGGAAAAGGUAUUCCUUCAAGCAACUCCACAGCAAAAUAGAAAUGCUUCACAGAAGAAAAUGAUAUUUAAAUUAAGGGGUUUUCUGAUUAGUGGUGCAAUCUGGGUAGUAGCUACAAUGGUGUUACAAGCUGUAUAUGUCUGGGCAUUCAAUUUUCCUAAACUAGAUAUAUUUAAAACUGUUGGUCCUGGUGGUUAUUGGACAAUGUUUAUUAUAGAGUUAUUUGGUCGUAUGGUGAUGAACUCUGUUAAUUUAGCGGUUGUUGUUAAUUAUGUUACACAGUGUGAGAUGAUAUUAUUCUAUGUGAGAGGAAUAACCCUACGUCUACAGGAAAAAUCAACAGAGAUACGCAUUGCAAUGAAGGAUAUAUUAAUACUAAGACAAAGUUUGUGUGCUUUAAAUGGUACAAUAUCCAAAAUGACAUCUUUAACUUUGGUGAUAUUUUCUGAACUGACUAUUAUAGGUAUCAGUAUAUUGGUGUUAAAUAAAUAUAAUAACGUUCGAGUAUGGUCUUAUAGAGGAAUCUUUCCAGUAGUUUGGGCUUUAAUGUUAUGUUUUCCACUUUUCCAGGCAGGUCGUGUUAAUUCUAUAUGUAGAAGAUUUAGGAAAAUAGCUUUAGAAAUGAGAGUGUUUGGUUAUAAAAAUAGCUCACAAAUAGAGUUAGAUUCCUUUCUAACUUAUGUAGGACAUAUUCAAUUAAAGGCCAAGUUGUUUCAUAUACCUAUUCAACCAUCAUAUUUAAUAGCAAUAGUGGUCUUGACAUGUUUUAUACUACUGAUACUGUUCCAGACAUCUAGUAUAGGCUCAUACGACUAUAUCUUCUAAACAUAUCCUACAUUUUCCUUGUAGUUCUUAAGAAUGCAAUUAUGUGCCAAAGACUCAAUAUACAAUACCUGUAUUUUGGAUGAAUUUGUGAUAAAACUACCUGUAAACUGUAAGCCAUAGUAAGAUAUGGAUAUAUAAUGAGAUUAUCUGUUGCAAUAAAUAUCAAAUAAAUUACUGUGCAGUUUUGGAGUAAAAUGUAUGUAAAUUGGUAGAUAAGUUCUUAAUAAUUAGUAGUAGAUAUGUUAUAACUAGGUCCUAAGUUAUUAAUAAUUGGUAGAUAAGUUAUUAAUAAUUGGUAGAUAAGUUAUUAAUAAUUGGUAGAUAAGUUAUUAAUAAUUUGUAAAUAGGUUAUUAAUAAUUGGUAGAUAGUUAAUAAUUGGUAGAUAAAUUAUUAAUUUAUUAGAAGAGAAGUUAUUAAUAAUUGGUAGAUAAGUUAUUGUUAAUAGGUAGAUAAUUUAUUAUUAAUUGAACAUGUAUGAAAUCUAAUAAUGCUGGAUAAAGAUCAUGGUGAUAAACCAAGUAUUUACUCAGUAAAUUUCAUUAAUUAGAAAUAUUUCAAACAGCUUGCAUUUACUUGACUCUAUUUUGUUAUUAAACACAGAAGUUUCAGAGCAUGCGGUAUGCUAUUUCUAUGGCCAUUUCAGUUCUUUAAUAAGAGCUUGUUGAAGAGUUAAAAUAAAUUCAUUAUACCCUACCAUAGAUAAAAACAAUGUUCAAAAUUUUGAAGUGGAAGCCCAAUACAAUACUGCGUCAUUAAAUCAAAGGAGAAAUAAAGAAUUUUAGAUUUGAUACUGAACAUGUAUUUAUAAAAACUGUUUAUUAUUGGUUAUUGUUAUAAUAAUAUUUUCAGUGUAAAAUAA